UGCUUGCAGUUAUCUGCGUAUAGAGAGCACGCAGCACAAUAAGGAAGUGGAGAGAAGCGGAAGUGGAAUCAUUCCCAAUAACAACACAGAAAAUACGGACUGUACACGACGCCGGCGGCAUGAAUAACAAGGGACAGUACCCCACUCCUCCAGCCUACCCAUCCCAGGGCCCCAAUCCUCAGUCUGUCUACCCUCAAGCAGCCAUGCAUCUUCCUCAGGCUCCUCCCUACACAGACGCUCCUCCCGCUUAUUCUGAGCUUUAUCGCCAAGGGUAUGUUCACCAGUCUGCUGCUAAUAUGGCUGCUAUGUCUGCACAAUAUCAUGGAGCCUCCAUGUAUUUGCCGAUGACCCAGACGGUGCCAGUUGGACCAAUGACUUCCUCUGUUCCCUUGGCCUACUACCCCAUUGGACCCAUGUACCCCCCAGGUUCUGCUGUCCUAGUUGAAGGAGGAUAUGAUGCUGGGGCACGAUUUGGAGCAGGAAGUACAGGAAGUGUGCCACCUCCACCUCCUGGCUGCCCCCCCAAUGCAGCUCAGCUGGCUGCUAUGCAAGGUGCCAACGUCUUAGUCACACAGAGAAAAGGCAACUACUUCAUGGGUGGCUCAGAUGGUGGUUACACCAUGUGGUGAGGAGGAUCGGCAGGCACGGAUAGGGGGGGGGGGGGCGUAAAGUAACAAAAUGAAAACAAAAGCGGGCUAAUGAUUUUGUACAAAGAAUGACAUCUCUCUGCGUGAGCACUCCCCACAAUGCUCUGCUUUAGAAUAUUAACCCAGGGUGGAAGUUUAGAAACAAGGCUGUGGCAUAUCUGCUUGGUGCUUCGUACUCUGGCUGGAGAUCCUUUAUAAAGAGGGAAAAAAAGAAAAAACCUAAAAUAAAAAAGCUUUACAUCCCUUUAUACCACAUCCUACCUCCCUCACACUUCUCUUCACCCCUUUAUUAUAACUAAACCUGCUGACAGGAUCUUCAUAUUAGGACAACAGGUACAAACAGUGACACAUUUGAAGGCAGCUUGGAGAUUUGGCAGGUUGCUGGGGUUGACAUUUGAUGUUCUGCAUAAUCUAUAGAAAAGGGCACGUGAAAGUAUAUAAUAAUGCUAGUAUGCCAAUACAUGAAGAGUUUCUCAUCCAUGAACCCUCCAUGUCUUUUCUCCUCAAAGCCUACGGUACUGUCAAGUGCCUGUACGGUACCACAAAACAACGCCUUAUAGAUGCUGAAGGUGCUGCAACUUCUUACAAAGCCAUAACAUUUGGGUCAUGUACGGAUGUCUUUUCCCAUAUGUUAUGGACGCGUCGCUGUCUGUAAAGCUCGGGCGGAUAUGUGCACAGUCCUGGAUUCUGUCUUUUGGCCAGUAGAACAAAUGUCAUCAGUUUUCCUAUGUUAGCGCAGCAGACCUCUAUUUCAUUGUCCAGCCUUGGUGCCUGGCUAUAAUUGUCUUUAUUUUCACCUUUUUAUGUAAUGUUUUAUAUGUUGGUAUCAAACAUUUUCAAGAAAUAAAAAUUAUGUAGUCCUUGUCAA